AUGGCUCGACGCAAAGUGCUUAUGCUCACAAAUUGUGAGCUUGGGCAGGCAAAUAUUUUUAUUGCCACGUCUCACGCUUUGCUGGAGCGAGAUCCGAACGUUGAGCUUCACAUCGCAUCAUUCCCGCAGCUCGAAAAGACACUGAACCUGGCGUUGGCGAAGGAUGGAAAACAAUCCCCCAUUAGCUUCCACUCGUUUCCUGGCCGCACCAUGUUCGAGUGUCUGAACAGCAGUCAAGACCCUUCGAACCACAUGUUCUCGGUGUCUUUACUAAAGCCAGGGUUAUGGAGUGCGCCCCAAGCGAUACGGUUCAUCACGACCUGGGCUUUUCUGUGCUGGACGCCUGAGGAGUUUACAGCCAUCUUCAACAAUAUUUGCACCCUGAUUGAGACCUUGGAGCCAGAUAUCGUUCUCGUCGACCCCAUCUUCUCACCGGGUAUCACAGCGGGGAAGCACAUGAAAAGUCGCGUCUCAAAAGCGUUUACCUUCGCCAUCUUCUCUCCCAACUCCAUGAAGGACUACGUUCACCACCUAGAGCCUCGUGGUGCCCCGUUCUGGAAAUGGGCUGUUGUAGGAUCUGGAAUUCCCAUGCCUGUCCCAUGGUUCUAUGUCCCUCUCAACAUCUAUCUUCUCUUUCGCUUGAUCGUAAUCAUGGCGGGGGACAAUCACAAACCCACAAUGACAGCCAAGGUCAGAGAGCUUACUGAUAUUCCGCAACUCGAGCUCGUUGAGAAUUUGUCGAUGCUUCAUACCGGUCUCGACGGCAUUGAUCGGGUUCUCAUUAGCGGCCGUCCCGAGAUCGAUUUUCCCUGCCUGGAUCUGGUGGGCCCUCCAAAGGCGUAUAUGGACAAGAUUUUUGGAUGUGGACCUAUUCUUCGACCGCUGGAGAAUAUUGAUGGCGAUCUGGCGGCUUGGCUGAGUCGAGGUCUUGUUAUUUACAUCAACCUCGGCACUCACUGUCUGACAUCCGAAACUGAGGCUGUGGAAAUGGCGCGUUCGCUCAAGAACCUCAUCGACACAGCAUCUUCGAAGCAGAAACGGCCUGGGCUCCAAGUUCUGUGGAAACUCAAGAAGGAUUUGGAGCGCAGCGGGGACUUUGAUGUUGGGCCUGGCUCGGCAGUUCAUACAGUGCUGAGCAACGAGAUAGACAAGGACCGAGUCCGGAUCGUGAACUGGGUUGCUUCUGAGCCGAGCUCGAUUCUUGAGACUGGAAACGUGGUGUGUGCAGUCAGUCACGGCGGUGCUAAUUCUUAUAACGAAGCUGUUUGUUCUGGUGUUCCUCAAGUUGUUCUUCCUUGUUGGUUCGACUGCUAUGACUUUGCUUCCAAGGCUGAGCUCUUAGGCAUUGGAAGAUGGGGAAGUAAGAAGGGAUGUCCGAGAUGGAUCGAGUCAGAGCUCACAGAAGCACUCAUCGAUGUGGCUCUGGACAACAAUGCCGAGUAUACAGCCAAGUCAAGGUCACUAGCAGAGCUUUGUGGACGAAACGGAGGUGGAAGGGCUACAGCUGCGGACGAGAUUUUGCGACUAAUAGAUGACCAAGUUGGCCGCAACUAG